AUGACGAAGUUUGAUCGAUUUUGUGACAUGGAGGAAUCAAUACAAGCAAUCGCUCCAGUCGUUUCAUGUGAAUCGUCAUGUGUCACAAUCUUUGAGCCGCAGUAUUUUGGAGGCUUACGUUCUCCUCAGCGACCGUAUCUUUUCUUGCGCGGUUGUGCAUCACGUCUUCUUUCGGUAAUGGAAUCACCUCCACGGGAAGUUGACUUCCUUCACCGAGCUCCUAUUUGUGUCAGCUUACCGUUGUCACAGAUAUAUCCAGAUGUUUACACUAACGAGGUGGUCGAGGUUGGUGAUGAACUGAAUUGUUACAAUUCUUUCCACUUCUGUUCAGCAAACACGAGGUGCUAUUCCACUGAAUUGUUACAAUAA